GAGACAGGUGGAUGUCACAGAUAAAAUCGGUCUGACACACAUCUCUGCAUACAGAUUGCAACACCCCACCACCAAGCACAAUGGGUGAAAAUGUAAAAGACCCUCCUCCCUACAUCAUACCAGUUGGUGGUUCGGAUGUGAAGGUUUACCACACCCACACCCCGUUCAACCAUCCAGACUCACAGCUGAACAUCGCUAGUGCCACGCCAGUGUACAGCAGCGGAGCAGGCACUGGUCUCAACACUGGUCUCGACACUGGAGAAGUCAAAAGUAGGUUUGUGAGCUACGAUGGGACACUGGGGCGUAAUCCCGGACAGACGACCUGCACCUCCUGCCAGGAGCAGGUCAUGACCAACGUCACCUACAAAGCAGGGACGUACGCCUGGCUGAUGUGCUUGCUCUUCAUCUGCUGCGGGUUAAUCCUGUGCUGCUGCCUGAUUCCUUUCUUCAUGAACAACUUCAAGGAUGCGUACCACACGUGCCCCCGCUGCAACAGAGUGCUGCACGUUGACAAGAAACAAUGCUGUAAAUGAUGGACAUGAGGCAGACAUGGAGCCAUAGAUAUAAGAAAUAACAUCCUGUUACCUUUGUCUUAUCAGUUGCACCAUUUUAUGAAAUUUACGGAGAAAGGUCGCAGUUCAAAUGUAGCUUAUUCUAUGGUCGAGCCAUUGCAUUGGCCGAGGCAAUAUCAAACAUCAUAUUAUUAGCAGACGGACUGGGAGUCAUUGUGUUAUCAGAGCUUAAAUACCAUGUGCUCACUUAUUUUAAAGCUCUGGUAAGUUAAUUAACCCAUUUGUACCCAAAGACUAGGCUAUAUUUAGCAUGAUUAGGAAAAAUGCAACAUUUUUGUUCUUGUACGGACAUACUAUGGGCAAGAAUCUAACAUCUCAUCUACGAAAUUUUUAGCUCACAUGAAAAAUCCCACUUGUAUCAAUGGUCAAAGUCAGGAUUUUUGAAAAAUUAGGAAAAAUGCCAACAUUGUGUGUAUUAAAUGUCUUGCAUAUGAAAUAUUUUUUACACUAUGUGUGCAUAUCUUGCAUACAUUGGGAUAUUCAACUUGUAAUGAGUUCAUAGAUACCAAAUACUUGAUUGUGCUCAUUGUAGUUUCUGAGAUACAGACAUUUUCUUAUCAUACUAUAUUUAGUCUUUGGGCCCAUAUGACUACUGUUUUUAUUUAAUUAUGAAGUAUAAAGAAAAACAGUCGUCACAUGUGCCCAAAGACUAAAUAUAAUAUGAUAAGGAAAACUCACUUAAGUAAAACGGUUUGACUGAUUUCUUCAGAUUUCUUCAGAUUUGUGUUUAGCAAAUUACCAAUUCAAAAUUUCAGUUGUGGGCACAAAUGGGUUAAGCACACCCCAUGCACUUUAUGGGAGCCAUUUUAUUUCUCCAUUAUCUUUUUCAGAAAUGUCUCGAUACAUCACGUUGUUAAAAUGAAGGCUUGUAUAUAUAAACUUUAUCGAAUACUA